AUGGCGGAUAGGUUUGUAAAGCGGCCAAUAGGAAUACUAUAUGAUGUAUUGGUAGAGGUGGCCGACUUUAUAUUUUAUGUUGAUUUUGUAGUCCUUGACUAUGAUAUGGACUUUAAAGUACCCAUUUUUUUAGGUAGACCAUUCCUCGCGACUGGGAGAGUUAUAGUAGACAUAGACCUAAAUAAGCUGAAGUUCAGGAUCAAUGAGAAAGAAGCAAAAUUUGCAAUUCACUCACCCAUGACACAGCAAAAUGAGAUGAGUGUUUUCUCAAUCGGGGAUGUAUUCUAUGUAGAUGGUAGAGAGGAGCCACUGCUCAGGAAACAAAGGAAAAAGAAAAUCCUAAAAGUGCCUUUGCCACCUCCACCAAUUAAAGAGAAGGAGAGUGAAGAAGGUGAUACUGAUCCAACAACACAACCUGAUAGUACGGAUUCUGAGCAACCUGAGUCAGAGCAUGCUGAUUUUGAGCAACCUGAAUCUGAGGGACCAUUAUCUGAGUCCCCUUCUGUUGAGCAACAGAAUGGUAAAGAAUCUCCGAUUUAG